UCCUCUAACUUUCCAGCAUCCUCAAAACACUGGAGCCCAGAGCUGUGAUAAAAUCCACAACCCUUGAAUCAAAUAGGUCUUAGUAAACUCAGUGCCUGCAAAGUCCACCUCCACUUUUUGGGUUGUAGAACAUGACUUCCGAAGUAAUUGCCCAAAGAUUUGCUUACCUUUGUUUUCCUUUUUGAAUGUAGAUAUAAGACAUCAUGUUUUUCCUUAAAACUUCUCAAAAUUGACUUCCCAAUUUAAAAUGGUAUCUUUGAAUUCCAGAUGACUUUGUAAACCUGAGAAAUGAAUUUUAACACAACUCAGUGACUGGAUUGUCACCUUUCUUCCCAGUCCUCAAUUGCCUUUGGUUGACAAUAAGGAUAUUAUUAAUAAUACCCUACACCUCACUCCAAGUAUCUGUAAGCAUCUCGGUUCAUUAACUAAUAUCAAUACAUCAACCCUGCAAGGAAGGGAAGGGAAGAUAUAUUAUAAAGAAGGUGACUUACCCAAACAAAAAAACAGCUGAGAUCAACCAAGCCAGGAUGUCCUUAUUUUCAGGGGAAAACAUCCCAGUCAGGUGUUCAUCAGACAUUUGUCAGAUAUUCUUUCAGGGGAACUCAGCAUUUAUUAUUCAAAAGAAUGCUGUCUAUUGAAAACUAUCUCCAUUCCACAGUAAUACUUAUCAGGUGACUCAGGUGUCAGUCUCUUUGCUAGAAGAUUUAAUGGCUGACCUGAAUUAAACUUUGCAUGUUAAUUUUUUGUCUCUUAAUUUGGAGGUAAAUAGAAUGAGUCAAAUGCUGGUGCCUAGGAUCUUAGACUUGCUGCAGCCCAUUGGCUACUGAGAGUAUCAUGUGAUGACAACAUUCUUUAAAUGAAGCUGCUGGAAGCACUGUGAUGCUCACUCACAUUUCUCCAGGUUUGGUCGUGAGUGUCUCUCAGAAAGCCUUCCAUCAUGGUCGAGUCCUUUGUAGGAACCUGGAAGCUGGUCUCCAGUGAAAACUUUGAUGAUUACAUGAAAGAACUGGGAGUGAAUUCUGCAGCCCGGAACAUGGCUGCCUUAGUGAAGCCCACCGUCCGUAUUAGUGUCAAUGGGGAAGUUGUGAAGAUCCGAACAGAAAGUUCUUUAAGGAACAUUGAGAUCUCCUUCAAGCUGGGAGAAGAAUUUGAUGAAACCACUGCAGACAAUCGGAAAGUGAAGAGCAUCGUAACCUUAGACAGUGACACAAUGAUUCAUGUCCAAAAAUGGCUUGGCAAAGAAACAACAAUUAAAAGAAAAAUUGUUGAUGGAAAAAUGGUAGUGGAAUUUACCAUGAAUAAUGUUGUCAGCACUAGAACCUUCGAAAAGGAGUGAAAAAUGGGGCGUCAUCAAGGAGAACUUGUUCAUAACAGAAAACG